UUUAACAAUCAAAUGGUACAAGAUUUAAAAUACUUCCAUCUUAACUCGUUAUUACUUCAGAUGUGUUAGAACAAAAAGUUUGCAAUAAAAUAUUUUAACUUGUUAAUGUUCUUGGUAACGAAAAUUGCUUAGAAAAAACAUUCGCUCCCAAACGCCGAAAGCAUUCAACUGAUUCAAGAUGGGAAGUGAAGCUGUUAACGAAAAUAAAAAGAAGAUUCCCAGCUAUGCAAGAUUUAUAAUGGGGGGUUUAUCAGGAAUGUCUGCAACUUUCUUUGUUCAACCACUGGAUUUGGUCAAAACAAGAAUGCAAAUGAGUGGAGCUGAAGGUGUUGCUCGUGAACAUAAGACUAGUUUUCAUGCUGUCUUUAACAUUGUUAAAAAAGAAGGUGUUUUUGGUGUCUAUAAUGGGCUAUCUGCAGGUCUGAUGCGUCAGGCUACUUACACCACAACAAGACUCGGCUACACAACACUUUUCGAAAAGUUCAAAGGACCCAAUGGAGAGCAACCUCAAUUUAUGGUUAAAAUGUUACUUGGUUUUACUGCUGGCGCUAUUGGUGCUUUUGUUGGAACUCCUGCUGAUCUUUCGUUGAUAAGAAUGACUUCUGAUGGCCGACUGCCUCCUGCGGAAAGAAGAAAUUACACCAGCGUUUUCAAUGCUUUGAGAAGAAUAGCUGCUGAAGAAGGAUUUACAGCAUUGUGGACGGGUUGUGUACCUACAAUGACUCGAGCAAUGGUUGUGAAUGCAGCUCAGUUAGCUACUUACUCACAGGCCAAACAAUACAUUCUUAGCACAGGAUAUUUUGAAGACAAUGUGACUUGUCAUUUCACAGCAAGUCUUAUCAGUGGUUUGGCGACAACCUAUGCUUCCUUACCAGUUGAUAUUGCUAAAACUAGAAUUCAAAAUAUGAAAGUUGUUGAUGGUGUACCUGAGUACAAAAAUGGAUUAGAUGUUAUAGUUCGAGUUGUCAGAAAUGAAGGUGUUUUUGCGCUAUGGAAAGGCUUCACGCCAUGUUAUAUGAGAAUUGGCCCUCAUACAAUACUAACAUUUUUGUUUCUUGAACAAUUACAGAUUCUUGCUAAGAAAGUUUAUGGUGUUAAUUAAGUUAUUUUGAGGAUUUUAAAUCCGUUGCUAUGAAUUUAAUGGGCAGAAAGGAAACUUGGGAAACUAUUGAUUUUAUUUUUAUAAUCAAAUAUAUAUUAUAGAAUGAAA